UCAAACACCAGCACAACACAAAACUCAAAUGACACCAAAGGAACUGAAAAAACUCUUCAACCACCAAUAAUACUACUCUGCUUAAUCUCAAAUCGAUCCAAUUCGAUAUUAUCCACAACAACUUGUGUUGGCAUGUCUCUUCUUGCGCCAUGUGGCUCUUAGUAGACAUGCAACGCCUCUCCCCUCCGCUCACCGGAAUUUUAUGCCCCUCUAAGCUCCCUAACGAGACCAAGUUCUUUGGUUUCGGGUUUAAGUUACAUAGGAAAGAUGGGUUCAAAAAGAAGAUUAAGUUUGUAGUGAGUGCGGAGUUAUCCAAUUCGUUUUCUCAGAAUUUGGGUUUGGACUCUCAGAAGGCUGUCCAGUCUAAUGAUCCAACACAGUUGCCUUGGAUUGGUCCUGUUCCUGGGGAGAUUGCAGAAGUUGAGGCAUAUUGUAGAAUUUUCAGGGCAGCUGAACGGCUUCAUGCUGCUCUGAUGGAUACAUUAUGCAAUCCGUUGACUGGCGAAUGUAGUGUUUCAUAUGAUUUCACACCAGAGGAAAAACCAUUGUUGGAAGACAAAAUAGUUUCUGUGCUUGGCUGCAUGCUAUCUCUUUUAAGUAAAGGAAGAGAGGAUGUUCUUUCAGGAAGAUCUUCAAAUGCCUUUCGUAUAGCAGAUGUAAGCAUGAUGGAGGACAAGCUUCCACCACUCGCCAUCUUCCGGGGUGAGAUGAAAAGGUGUUGCGAGAGCUUGCACAUUGCUCUUGAAAAUUAUUUGACAUCUGAAGAUGUUCGAAGCUUGGAUGUGUGGAGAAAAUUGCAGAGGCUGAAGAAUGUCUGCUACGAUUCUGGAUUUCCCCGUGGAGAUGAUUAUCCCUGCCAUACUUUAUUUGCAAAUUGGAUUCCUGUUUAUUUAUCCACCUCUAAAGAAGAUACAGGAUCCAAAGAUUCUGAGAUUGCUUUUUGGCGAGGUGGUCAGGUAACAGAAGAAGGUUUGAAGUGGUUAAUGGAGAGAGGAUUUAAAACAAUUGUAGAUAUGAGGGCGGAGAUGGUAAAAGAUAACAUUUAUGAAGCAGCUAUAGAUGAUGCUGUUUUGUCAGGGAAAGUUGACUUGGUUAAAAUUCCAGUUGAAGUUGGGACUGCUCCGUCAAUGGAGCAGGUUGAGAAAUUUGCAUCUCUGGUUUCAGAUUGCAGCAAAAAGCCUCUGUAUCUUCACAGUAAGGAAGGGGUGUGGAGAACCUCUGCCAUGGUCUCCAGAUGGCGUCAGUACAUGACUCGCUGUGCAUCACAAAUCAUAACUAAUCAGACAGUAACUUCAAAUGAUGUCUCAUUAUUAGAUACAGACGGAAGGGUAGGACUAACUGCAUCUACCAUUGAAGAAAAUAGGUCUGUCCUGGAGAAGGAAUACAAAGUGACACAAGAGAAGUUGGUUGAGGUGCACACUACAAAUGGAUCAUUUCACAAAGAAGUUACAUCAGCCAAGGAUGAAGAAAAUCAGAGUAAUGGGGCAUAUGAAAGCCUUAAUUCUAUUAAAGGUGUAGAAUCGUUGAAAACAGUUGGAAAUGGGGUGGAAUCUGUUGGGCAAUUCUGCAGGGAAACUGAUCCUCUAAAGGCUCAGGUCCCUCCUUGUAAUUUUUUCUCCAAAAAAGAGAUGUCCAGGUUUUUCAGGAGUAAAAAGAUAUCACCUCCGAGAUAUUUUAAUUAUCCAGUGAAGAGGUUGGAAAUGUUGCCAGGUGAGCUUGUUUAUUCUAGUCCCGUUUCAGGACCUGCAGAGACAAGAAAUCCCAAUGGUUCAGUUAGCGAUCAAAAUCUAUCUGCAGAGCAUCAGAGCUCACCUGCUGAAAGACUGAAGUAUUUGGAUGGUGAUAGUUAUGCUUCGGUUGAUUCAAGUGUGAAUGGGUUUGGUAAAGGGGACAGGGAUUGCAUGACUGAAACUGUUGCCUCUACCUCUGUGAGUAACAACUUAAAUGGGCAUGUCAUAUCUAAACCUGUUAAGGAGGAUCGGAGGAGCAACAGAAAAGCCUCAACUUCUGGUGAUGAAGACUCGGAACAAAUUGAAGGGAAUAUGUGUGCUUCUGCAACUGGUGUUGUGAGGGUGCAGUCAAGAAAGAAAGCUGAGAUGUUUUUAGUGCGAACAGAUGGAUUCUCAUGUACGCGAGAGAAGGUGACUGAAUCUUCCUUGGCUUUCACUCAUCCUAGUACACAGCAGCAGAUGCUUAUGUGGAAAUCUACACCAAAGACAGUAUUAUUGUUGAAGAAGCCAGGGCCAGUGCUCAUGGAAGAAGCAAAAGAGGUUGCCUCUUUCCUAUGUUACCAAGAGAAGAUGAAUGUUCUUGUUGAACCAGAUGUCCAUGACAUAUUUGCUAGAAUUCCAGGGUUUGGAUUUGUUCAGACCUUUUAUACUCAAGAUACCAGUGAUCUUCAUGAGAGGGUUGAUUUUGUGGCAUGCUUGGGGGGUGAUGGUGUCAUACUCCAUGCAUCAAAUUUAUUCAGAGAUGCUGUACCACCUGUUGUAUCGUUUAAUCUCGGAUCUCUAGGAUUUCUCACUUCCCAUACUUUUGAAGACUACAGGCAGGACUUAAGGCAGGUCAUUCAUGGGAAUAACUCACUGGAUGGUGUUUAUAUAACUCUUAGAAUGCGGCUACGCUGUGAAAUUUUUCGCAAUGGUAAAGCAAUGCCUGGGAAAGUUUUUGAUGUCCUAAAUGAGAUAGUUGUUGACCGUGGUUCUAAUCCAUACCUUUCUAAGAUUGAAUGUUAUGAACAUGACCGACUGAUAACCAAGGUGCAAGGUGAUGGAGUCAUAGUAGCCACACCUACAGGAAGUACUGCUUACUCUACAGCUGCAGGAGGUUCCAUGGUACACCCAAACGUCUCAUGUAUGCUUUUUACACCAAUCUGUCCACACUCCCUCUCAUUUAGACCUGUAAUACUUCCAGACUCUGCAAGGCUUGAAUUGAAGAUUCCUGAUGAUGCACGGAGCAGUGCAUGGGUUUCUUUUGAUGGAAAGAGAAGGCAGCAACUCUCGAGAGGAGAUUCUGUCAGGAUAUUUAUGAGCCAACACCCGCUCCCAACAGUUAACAAAUCUGAUCAAACUUGUGACUGGUUUCACAGCUUGAUUCGCUGUUUGAAUUGGAAUGAGAGGCUUGAUCAGAAGGCCCUUUGAAGCCUUCGAAACGGAUGAGAAGCAACUCCUUCCUUGAUCAGGAACGGGGUUUGUGUAAAUCAUUGUACAGACUGUAAAUGUGAUAGACUAGAGAAAAAUUGAAAUUACAAAGAGUAAAUACUAUAAUUACCAGCAUUGGCUCCCACAUGAAGAUUGGGUUGGCCACAUACAUUUAAAAUUCUUUUCUUCCUUUCAGUACUAAAAACAAUAAUUGUAUACUGUCAUUUACGUUAUGAUAAUAGAAAUCUAGUCUUACAGCCCCUUUCUGG